AUGUACCUUUUUUUUUUAAUAAAAAUAUUUUAUAUUAUUAUUAUAUUUUUUAAUAUUGAAAAGGUCAAUAAAUAUAAAUCUUCUUGUAUAUCACUCAUAAAAAAUAACAAGCUUAUAAGAACACCAUGUUUUGAUUAUUCAAAAAAUUGUUACUCAGAAAUAAAUAAUAAUGUUCAUACAUUAUUAUGUAUAGAAAAUAAGAAAAAAAGGAAGAAAAGAAAAGAAAAAAAAAAUAUAAUAUAUAUAUAUCAAAUAAAUAAAAAAUGUGAACAUAACAAAUGUGAACUUAUGAAAAAAAAAUGUUGCCUAUCCUUUAUACCAAGAAAUCAAAAAAUUAACAACAUAUCAAUUAAUAAACAUAAUAAUAAGAACAAAAAAACGGUUCUUUUGAAUGAUAAAAAAAAAAAAUAUAUAUAUAAUGUCAUAGAAAAAAAACAUGAUUAUUAUGAUUAUAAUAAACAUGAUUCAUAUGACGAAUUAAAUUCUUCAGAAAUAUAUCAAAUAAGAAAAGAAGUUCUUAAUAGUCCUAAAAAUAAAUUAAAAGAUAUAUUCAAAAAACAUAUAACUAAUAAAAUAUGUAAUCAUAAUAUUAAUAAAUAUAAUAGUUUUACUUAUAUAUAUUCAAAGGAUAAUAUCUAUAAACAACUUGAUAGACUCUACAAUAUAUAUGAAAAAUGGGAUGCAUUAAAAAAACAAAAUAAAUCAAAACAAUUAAAUACGAUUAAAAAAUUACCAAAAUUAUUUGGAGUACCCAUUGUUCUUAAAGAUAAUAUUAUAACAAAAGAAAUACCUACAAGAGCAGGUAGCCAGAUACUCUUGAAAUAUAUUCCAACUUAUAAUAGUACAGUUGUAAAGAAAUUAAAAAAAUAUGGUGCCAUUAUUAUUGGAAAAACACAUAUGGAUGAAUUUGCUAUGGGUUCAUGUACAAAUAAAUCAAAGAAUCCAUUUAAUGAAUCCAUCUUAUCAUGUGGUGGUUCUUCGGGGGGGUCAGCUAGCUGUGUAGGUUCCAGAAUUUUCAACUGUUCCAUAAAUACAGAUACAGGAGGUUCUAUCAGAACCCCAGCGGCUUUAUGUGGUUGCAUAGGAUUCAAACCUAGUUAUGGUAGGAUAAGUAGAUAUGGAAUUAUACCUUAUAAUGAAGAAACAGAUGUUGUUGGAUUUAUAGUUAAUAAUGUGUUUGAUUGUAGUAUAUUAUUAGAUGCUUUGUGUGGUAAGGACGACAGGGAUAUUACUACGAUAAAUAUUGAGGGAAUGGAAAAUGACAACAAAUGUGAUGAUAAUAUCAAUUGUGGUGAUAAUAUCAAUUGUGAUGAUAAUAUCAAUUGUGAUGAUAAUAUCAAUUGUGGUGAUAGUCCUAUAAGUACAUAUAAGAAACAAAAUAAUCAGAAUCAUGGGAAGAGGAAAAUGAAAUUCUUCCCUUUAUUAAAAAAAUAUUAUUUCUCAAAUACCUUUCAUAGUAAUACACCAUUAAAAAAUAUAACAUUUGGUUAUAUAAAUGAAAACGAUUUAAAAGAAUAUUUUGUAGAUAAUAAUAUUUAUGAGAAUUAUAUAUAUGUAAUAGAAAGUAUGAAAAAACUCGGAUCAUCUUUUAAAAAAAUAGAGUUACCAAAUUUAAUAGAUUAUUGUUAUUUAUAUUAUUUAUAUUCAAUGACUAUAGCAAAUAGUAAUUUAUCAAGAAUAAAUGGAAUAAAUUAUAAUAUGGAUAAUAUAAAUAAUGAAUCGAACUUUAUAAAAAACGUAAGAUCUAAUUUAAUUGAUGAUAAUGUAUUAUCUAGAAUUAUAUCUGGAUCAAUUAUUUCUUCCCAUUUUCAAAAUAAUAAAAAUGAUAUAAAAAAUAUAUUUCAUAUAAUGAAACAACACUUAAUAUAUAAAUUAAAGGAAAUUUUUAAAAAUGAUAUAAAUUAUAUUUUAUUACCAUCAUUACCAAGAUCUAAUAAUUUAAAAGAUUAUGAUCAUAAUAAUAUUAAUUAUCCUAAUGAACAUAAAAUUCAAACAAAUGAUAUUAAUAAUAAUAAAAAUAAUAUAACUCAUGGAUAUAAUAAAUAUAUGAAAGAAAUAUUUUCAGUCAUAUCAUCUAUUAGUGGUUUUCCAAGUAUGGUUAUACCUGUAGGUACUUUUACAAAACAAUUUAAUGAGCCUUUAUCAUUUCAAAUCAUAGGAGAUAAUUUAAACGAAUUAGGAUUAUUAAAGGUUGCCUUGGCUUAUAAGCAACAUAUGCAAGUUAAUAAAAAAUUAUAUGAAAAUUUAAAAAUGCAUCAAAAAGAAAACUAA